GAGCACGGAGAGAAUGGUAAACGACUGAACCCCCCCCAUUGAAUACAGGCAGAGCAGCAGAAAGAGAGAAGGGCUGAGCUGCGACACUCAGUCACAGAGAGGCAGAGGUGUGAAUGAGUUAGGCAGAGGAAGAAAGGGAGCCUUGGAAAGUAAUAGCGGGUUUUCUGUUUCAUAUCGGUUGAAAGUGGGGAAAGAGAUUACAACAUAUCCGGUAGAGAGAAAAGAAGGGGAGAGUGCCCUAUAAUUUCGUUUUUAGAAGGGUUUGCCAUACUUCUCCACCAGAGCAAAGAGUGCUGUUUCAGGGACACUGAGGACCCGUUGCAAUGAUAAGGAUUUUGGUAACGUGCGUCUCCACGGUGUCCAUCAUCGGGAUGGUGGCCGGUGCUCGCGGUGGAUACGGAAUGAGUAUGUUCGCGGCUCAAUCCUCUCCUCCGGACCCGUGUUACGACGAGAACGGCAACCCCAGACGCUGCAUCCCCGACUUUGUGAACUCCGCGUUUGGAAAGGACGUGCGCGUAUCCAGCACCUGCGGCGCUCCGGCGUCGCGGUACUGCGUGGUGACCGAGAAGGGCGAGGAAAGAUCGAGGGACUGCAACAUCUGCGACGCCACGGACCCGAAGAAAUCGCAUCCUCCUGCGUACCUGACAGACCUCAACAACCCUCACAACCUCACCUGCUGGCAGUCGGAGAACUACGUGCAAUAUCCACAAAAUGUGACUUUGACGCUGUCCUUGGGGAAGAAGUUCGAGGUGACUUACGUGAGCCUCCAGUUCUGCUCUCCUCGCCCUGAAUCCAUGGCCAUCUUCAAGUCCAUGGAUUACGGAAAAACCUGGGUGCCCUUUCAGUUCUACUCAACCCAGUGCAAGAAAAUGUACAACAAACCGAGCAAAGCUGCGAUCACCAAGCAGAACGAGCAGGAAGCGAUCUGCACGGACUCGCACACGGACAUGCAGCCGUUAACAGGCGGCCUCAUCGCGUUCAGCACGCUGGACGGCAGACCCUCCGCGCACGACUUUGACAACUCUCCCGUCCUGCAGGACUGGGUCACGGCCACCGAUAUCAAAGUGACCUUCAACCGGCUGCACACGUUCGGGGAUGAGAACGAGGAUGACUCGGAGCUCGCCAGGGACUCGUAUUUUUACGCCGUGUCUGACCUGCAGGUCGGCGGUCGGUGCAAGUGUAACGGGCACGCGUCAAAGUGCGUAAAGGACCGCGAAGGGAACCUAGUGUGCGAGUGCAAGCACAACACGGCGGGACCGGAGUGUGACAGAUGUAAGCCGUUCCACUACGACCGGCCGUGGCAGCGCGCGACGGCCAGAGAGGCCAACGAAUGCGUCGCCUGUCACUGUAACUUACAUGCCCGCCGCUGCCGCUUCAACAUGGAGCUGUAUAAGCUAUCGGGCCGCAGGAGUGGAGGAGUCUGUCUCAACUGCAGACACAACACAGCCGGACGGCACUGCCACUACUGUAAAGAGGGCUACUACAGAGACAUGACCAAGGCCAUCUCACACAGACGCGCCUGCAAAGCCUGUGAUUGUCAUCCGGUUGGUGCAGCUGGUAAGACCUGUAACCAGACGACCGGACAGUGCCCAUGUAAAGACGGUGUGACUGGCAUCACCUGCAACCGCUGCGCUAAAGGAUACCAGCAAAGCAGAUCACCUAUCGCCCCCUGUAUCAAGAUUCCUGUUGCUGCACCCACAGCUACCUACAGCAGUCCAGAAGAGCCCACAGGCUGUGACUCCCACUGUAAGACUCCCAAGGGCAAGAUGAAGGUCACCAUGAAAAAAUACUGCAAAAAAGAUUUCGCUGUCCAGGUUCACGUGCUAAAAGGAGAUAAGGCGGGCGAAUGGUGGAAAUUCACUAUCAACAUCAUAUCGGUCUAUAAGCAGGGCGGACAUCGCAUUCGCAGAGGAGACCAGCUCCUGUGGGUGCGUGCUAAAGAUGUGGCCUGCAAAUGCCCCAAAAUUAAACCGGGACGGAAGUACCUGCUGAUGGGCUCUGACGACGACGACUCCCGCGGUCAGAGCGGUGUGGUGGCGGACAAGGGCAGCCUGCUCAUCCCGUGGAAGGACCUGUGGGCCCGUCGGCUCAGGAAAUUCCAGCAGCGUGACAAGAGGGGCAAGUGCUAGAGAAAAACAUGGAGGAAAAAACAGAGAGAUCAGGAGAGAAGGAAAGAAAAAAUAAUGACCCGAGCAACGUCGGAGCAGAUUGAUUGACGAUUGAUCAGAACUGUGGUGAAGGACAAGCAGUUGUGCAGUUUUGCCUUCCGUUGUUUAGCGUUUUUUUUUCCCAUCAAGAUUUUAUUUUUUCAUAUCUUCGAUUUUGCAGAAUUUGCACCUACUAUUAAGUAUAUGUAAAGUCGUUUGUGUGUGAUCUUUUCUGGUGUCUCUUUAUGAUUUCUGUCUUUUUCCACAAAACAAGCAAGCUACUGAGUCAGUUUAUCUACAUGAACGUUUUCCUUCAGAAGAAGUUUGUUGACAGUCAACAUUUCAAAGUACAAACAGUGGGGUCCAAAACUCUGGGGUCACGCUGAUAAUCUGAAUUGAAAACAGUAAGCUGAAGAAUUAAAAAAAAAUAAAAUAAAUAAAAACAAAGAUGCAUUCAAAUGACAAAAUAUUUAUAAUUUUUCAAAUUUUUUACAAAAAAUUAUAUGACCUGUGGUGCAGACCUGGAUCAUGUCCCAAACCCAUUCCCCCACCUUCUGAGCAGAAAUCUCCAAAAAUCUAAUCAAUAAAAUAAAAAAUCCCCACU